GUGAUUGUUGUUUUCUGGCUUUCAAAGCACAAUGUGGUUCAUUACAGUGAACAAUAUUUGACUAAUAAUAAUACCUAUAUACUAUUCUGAAUUGUUGUUGUAUUAUUAUUUUUAAACCUCACAUUUUUUUGCAAAUUUGUGGUAAUUAUUACCCACUAUUUCUUUCAUUUUUGGCGAUUUGUACUACGUUUGAAAAUAUAUACAUGCAAAUAGGUUGCAAGGAUUUUAUUUCAAAUAUAUAGUCAUUUUUUGUCAUCGUUUUGGUGUUUAAAAUUGUUGAAACCUUUUUGUAAGAAAUUGAAUUAGUGCAGCAUAUAUUUACAAUUAUAUAUAUUAUAAUAUUUUGUAACUAUUUUUUUUGGAAGUUAUUUGAAAUAUCUUGCUCAACCUUGUGCAAAUGUUAUGCUGUGUCUUUAAAAAUUCAAUAUAAUUGUAACACUUGGAUGCAUAUUAUUUUUUUAGAACCUGAGAAACUGUGUUCUGUAGGAAGUGCGUGAGGUUGAGAUAGAGGAUGGCAUGGAAUGGAAUAGGUGCUUCUUAUAGGUUUUUUAACAUGUAUUGGUUUUUUAACACGUAUUUGUUUUCUAAAGUAUAUUUGCAGACAUCAAUGGUAAAAGAAUCUUACAAAGAAAUCACAUCGUUCCAAUUGUUUAUUUUUUUAUAAUGUAAUUUGGAUGUUUUUAUUUUUCAAUUACAGAAUGAUCUUAAAAACAGUUUGCGCUACAGGAAAUAUGAUGUUCAGUAUAUAUAAAAUUGGACAUAUGUUAUCUUUAUAUUACUUGGUCUGAAAUAUGUUCUUUCUUAAAGAUAAUAAAAUUGUGUAAAUUCGAUCCAGUACAAAUGUUCUUUUUUUAAUUCUUGAAUCUUUAUACAAUGUUCUUACACACCAUUCCUUCAUCUAGCAAUGACAAUGUAAAUUAUGUUGGUUGAUUGACAUCUUCUGUUCAUUUGACACCUACCACAACAUUUGCAUAACUUGGUUUCUGUUUCUUUCUUUUGAUGUGAUCUUUUUAUUACAGUAUGCAAUUUGAUAAUUUCGUCUACACUGCACAAGUUUGCAAAGUUUAAAUAAGGAUGUAUUUUGGGUUUGUCAUAUGUAUCAUGGCAUGUGAAGUUUUUGACACCGAAAAAAAAAUGGGUUUGCUUUUUUCAAAUUGCCCUACUAUACAGUAUGUUUGUUUUGAGAAAAGUAUAUGUAUAAAAUAAUAUUAUGUGAUACACUAUAAUCUUUAUAGGUUUAAAAACAUCUAUAUGUCUUGGUGAAUUCAUACUUUUACUAUGCAUCUGAUAUGGCAACUUCAGCUAUACCCAUUCGAUGUGCUGGCUGUAGUAAAUCUAUAAAAUAUCAAAAUGAGUCCUUGUUUACAUUGAGAAAAACUUGGCACAAACAAUGUUUUAAGAUUUAUUCUUUACAAGAAAGAAGAAGUUAUAUUGCCGGCAGCAUUAUCUUGCUAAGUAUGCACAUACCUGUCAUAGAUGCAACAAGAAAGUUACAGGAUUAGCUAUGGUAGCGGGAGACGUUGGUUUUCACCCAGAGUGUUUUCGUUGUAUAAAGUGUAGACACCUCAUUGGACAUGGUGAUAAUUAUGUUUUUGAAGAAAGAUCCCUUUUAUACUGUCACACGUGUUAUCAGAGCGAUGUUAAUGACUAUAUGAAGUUUAAAAAGUUCAAGUCAUUUCAAAGAAAUGCAAUCCAUCAGUUGAAUGUAUUUCCAAGUCAAAUGAAGCAAAAGAAGUUAUCCUUUGCGUUUAAAGAAAUCAGAAGCGAAGCUCCACAUCAGAUUGAAAGUGGUAGUAAACAAACCCGGCGAGGGAGUAUUGUUUCAAUUAUCAGUAAUGACGAUGAUCCUACUUCUUUAUCAACUGGUGAUACCAUUCUGGAAAUUAAUGGAAUUCCUGUUUCCAACAAAAACAUAAAACAAUUCUCAAAGUUGUUCGAAAACGACGCAACCAACAACAGUAUCAGUGUUACCAUUGAAAGGAACAUUAAGCAAGACGAUAGCCACGAACACAUAUCUAGUCCCCAACACUCUGAUCCUAUAGAUCCGGAUGUAUAUGAACGAAAUGUAUCAUUUUUCAACUUCAGUGUCUUUCAUCGCACUGGAAGCGACCCUGCUGUUAUGAAACGCAAAGCACAAAACCAAAAGAAAAAACUCCCCGUGAAAGGGUUUUCAUUGGAUGGUAUACCAGAAGAAGACAGGAAGAAGUUGAUGCGCCCUAUUCGCAAAAAUCACACGCACUUUCCCCAGACCCAAUUGAAGUUAGUCAGAAGCAAAUCAUUAAAUGAUGUUGACAGCUUAUCUAUGGAAUACGACAGGCAGUACUUUAAAAAUGAAAUCAAAAAAGCCAUAUCUCCCCUCCACCGCGCUCAGUCGUUAAAACCAUCCGGCUUAAAAACCGUAAAUCAUGUUUUCCGACCAAUGGAUUUGACUUUUGGUGAAGUAAUUGGGAGCGGUUUUUUUGGCGAUGUUAUAAAGAUAACGCAUAAAAUCAGUGGUGAAGAGAUGGUGAUGAAAAAACUCCACCAAGUAGACCCUGAAGCCGAAGAACAAUUUCUUAAAGAGGUUCAGGUUCUAAAAACAUUGUAUCACCCGAAUGUACUUCGUUGCAUUGGGAUCAUGUAUAAAGAGUCGACACUCCACUUAGUAACAGAGUACAUUGCUGGAGGUACAUUGACCAAACUUCUAAAACACAAGUAUAUUGAACUAUCUUGGAAGCAAAAGAUGGAGUUGGCGAAAGAUAUAGCGUCUGGCAUGGCGUAUCUUCACGAUCAGAAUGUGAUGCAUCGUGAUAUGAAAUCGAAGAAUGUUUUAAUCAAAAGUAAAGAGGCAGGGGCAAGAAUCGCUAUUGUUGCAGACUUUGGACUUGCUACUGUUAUGCACGAUUGUCACAAUAACUGCUUGACACCACUGACACCAAGAUUCGACAGACUUAUGUUUCCUCCAACCAAUAAUGUGCACAGCCCUGUAAGCCCUGUGAGUCCUCGCAAGAGACAUACUGUGGUUGGGACCCCAUGUUACAUGGCACCUGAAAUGUUGAAAGGAGACGAAUACGAUGCUUCUGUCGAUGUGUUUUCUUAUGGUAUUGUCAUGUGUGAAAUAUUGGGGCGUGUGAAGGCAUACACUGAGCAGCUACCUAGAAAAAACGACUUUGGUUUGGAUUACGGGAAGUUUAAAGAGCUGGUCGGAGAAUCUUGUCCGAUACAUUUUUUGGAUCUUGCAGCAGAAUGUUGUAAUAUGCAGCCAGAAAAGAGACCCAACUUUCAUUGUUGCGAGCAGUGGUUGCAAUCUAUGCUUGCGAACAUCACGUUUAAAAUUCCGUUGCCGGCAAAAAUUGACUUCAGAAUUGAACCCAAACCGAUCAGACUGAAAAGCGUCAUUAAUAAAUGAUAGUUUGUUUUAUAUUGUUUCGCAUAUCAAAGUUUUUGCACCUAAAACAAUUUGGAAACUAGUGUCUUAUUAUAGUCAGAAAAAAAAUUGUGUCCAGUUUCUGACAUGUGUAUCCUGAUUCUUGCUUAGUCUGUCAGAAUUAGUAUUUAAACUCGAAGAAGAUUUUUCAGUUACGUUGGAGAGUAUCAAAAUAUGUAGUUGUAAUUAUUAUGUUUUUAACUUAUUUUUGGUAUUUCUACCACAAAGUUGAAGUGUUUCUUUUUUUAUUGCACUGUAUGUGGCCAAUUUAUGGAAUGCUUUUUACCUGUUUGUAUUGUUUGAAGAAUACUGAAUUUUUGUACUAAAUUUUUAUGUGGCCUUUUCAAACUAUAUAUAUUUGCAUUAUUUUUUAAGUACAAUCUACUUUUCCUGUUAAUAUAUUAUUAGUAUGAUGAUAAUUAUGCGAUUCUGUUUAUUUGCCCAUUUUUAUUGUUCAAUCGUUCAAUAGUUUAUAUGAAAUGAAAUUGUAAAUAUUCUUUUAUUAGAAUUUGCACGUAAUAUCAAGUCAAUUUUAUUCACCAGAAUUGAUUUUUGGCGUAAAUACUAGGAAUAAUUUCGCUCAAAUUGCUAUCUAUGGUUUUGAAUUUGAAGUACCGUUAACAACGCCUCCUCUAAAAUCCUCUAAAGUCUUCUAAAAACUGGAAAGUGUGACCAAAUGUCCUCUUCAACUCAUCUAUAUGUUUAGGUACGCUAAUAAUAGUUUGAUAGUUUCACUAUUAUGUUACAGGGAUUUUACAUUUGUUAUAGUGAUAUAAACUAUCUAUCCUUCAUGUUAGCAAUACGUCCCUCAUCAACAGUUUAUUUGAA